AUGGAGGGUCAAUCUUCAAAUGAAGGCUCUUCUGAUUCAACUCUUCACCUCAAUAUCAAAACUUUAGAUUCCCGCAACUACACCUUUCAAGUUCAAAAAAAUAUGCCCGUUACCUUGUUCAAACAAAAAAUUGCAAAUGAAAUUGGUGUACCCGUUGAUCAGCAGCGCCUCAUAUUUAGAGGAAAAGUCUUGAAGGAUGAACAUGUUCUUUCUGACUAUCAUGUUGAGAAUGGCCAUACAUUGCAUUUGGUUGAAAGACAGCCAAAUCCGCCUCAGACUUCUGCUUCGGCUUCUCUUGACACAACUAAUACAGACAGUAACCGAGGAAACGAUGCUGGAUCAGGAGCUCCUCGUAACCGUGUUGGCCAAAUUUCACACAGCGUGGUUCUUGGAACUUUUAAUUUGGGGGAACAGGUUGAAGGCACCACACAAGACCUUACUAGGGUAAUUGGGGCAGUUUUGAAUUCCAUUGCCAAUGGGGGCCAGACCACAGUUAAUAUUCCUAAUUCCACACAACAUUCUUCAGCUCCACCGGGGAAUGAAACUGAAGGAAAUCAAAGCCUACCUGGAAAUCAGGCACCGUCUGGACAGACAUUUCCUGGUUUGGCAUUCCAAUCGAUGCCUCAUGUUGUUCAGAUUCCUACCAUCGCAGGAGCAAUACCCAUUCCUUCUUUCAAUGCACCAAUUCCUGAUUCACUCAACACUUUGUCUGAGUUCAUAAAUCGCAUGGAACAGAUACUUUCACAAAACGGUUAUGGGCCAAAUAUAUCUUCAACUAACUCUGGAGAUCAAGAAUUGCCUUCCAAUACACAAGGGUUGCCAACACUUGAAGCAUUGACCACUGUAUUGCAUCGUGCAGAACAGUUGCUUAGUGGUCAAGCUGUUUCUGCGCUAUCUCAUAUUGCAGGACGCAUGGAGCGAGAAGGAACUUCUGUUGAUCUAGGUGUAAGAGGUCAAAUACAGUCUGAGUCAGUACAGAUAGGAAUUGCUAUGCAGCAUUUGGGUGCACUUCUACUUGAACUAGGCCGAACUAUGUUAACACUGCGAAUGGGACGAUCUUCUGCAGAAUCUGUUGUUAAUUCUGGACCAGCAGUUUAUAUUUCUCCAUCAGGACCAAAUCCAAUAAUGGCGCAGCCAUUUCCACUCCAGACAAGCUCCCUGUUUGGCGGUCCACCUUCUUCUUCAACUCCUGCAACUUUAGGCACAGUUGGUGUUGGAAAUGCUCCUAGGAACGUGAACAUUCACAUACAUGCUGGUACCUCUCUUGCACCAAUUGUUUCAGCCAUUGGCUCUAGACCAAAUAAUGGGGAAGGGACAAGGACUGAACACCGUAGUGAGUCUGGUUCUGGUGAUUCAGGUUCGACACGUGUUUUACCUGUUAGAAAUGUCAUAUCUGCAACUCUCUCAUCUAACCCUUCUGGCACCGGAGCUGCUGGUAGCACACCAACUGGAUUUAGUAUAUCUACUUCACAGCUACCACCUGAUUCAGCUGCAUUGUCAUCUGUUUUAGCGGAAAUUCAUUCUCGCCUUAGAAACUCUGUUGGUAAUUUGCAAGGAGAUAACCCAGUUCUGUCAGGCCAAACACAAUCAACUAACAGGGACCUGUCUUCUGGACCUGAACUAAGAUCUGCACAGGUAAAUGAACAGAGAGAUACAGUGGAGAUGAAUGAAUGUGGGGCUGCUGGUGCAUCUUCAGUUGGUUGCACUUCUGAAAGUGGAGUAGAGAAGCCCCAAACUGAGGCAAUCAAAACCUGUAGUAAUGACGAGAGAGAUGUUUUGGUCGACAAAUUUGUUUCAAGUUCUUCCAAUCAAGAUAUACAGAGUUCUUCUAGUGGAGAAACCAUGGUAAAAUCAGAAAAAGUACAGGAUGUUCCAUCUGCAAGUGAAAGACGAGAUGUAACUGAACCUGCCAAAACUGCUCCUCUUGGACUGGGUAUGAGUGGUUUGGAGCGUAAGAGAAGGACCAGACUUCAACCUCCUGUUGGUAAAGGUGCCGGUGAUGGAUCUUCCAGUUCUUCCAUCAACCAAAAUCAGGAAACAAGGACAGAUAGUCAAAAUAUAUUGCAAACACCCGCUGGCCAAGGAUCAGCUGUUCAUUCGAUAAAUGGGGAUAGGCCUUCAUCUCAGCGACCCAUGCCCCCCGGUGGUAAUCAGAUUGAUGUGGCAGGUUUGAUGUCUCAGGUUCUACAUAGUCCUGCUUUGAAUGGUUUGUUGGAAGGGUUUUCACAUCAAACAGGAGUUGACUCACCUGAUGGCUUAAGGAACAUGUUGCAACAGUUCACACAAAGCCCACAGAUGAUGAACACAGUCAAUCAGAUUGCCCAGCAGGUUGACAGUCAGGGUAUGGGAAAUAUGUUAUCUGGAAUGGGAAGAGGGCAGGGUGGUGGCAUCGACUUCUCAAGGAUGUUUCAACAGAUGAUGCCCAUUGUAUCACAAGCCCUUGGAGGGGGAAAUCCUCCAUCACCAUUCUCUGCUGCAGAACCAGAAACCCUUGCACACAGGAAUGAAAAUUCUGAUAAUCAAAACUUACAGCCUGACCUUCGACCAGUGGUAGAGAGAAUUAAUCGCCUGAGUCCACCUGCAGACAUCUUCCGUGCUGUAGCUGAAAAUGCCGUCCAGCAGUCUGGCAAUGGAAGUGCUUCCGAUGAUCUUCUGGAUGAGUUAUGUCGCAAUGAAAGUCUUGCCGGUGAAUAUUUGGAGAUGUUGCGAGAUGAUGUAGGUCAGUUGCUUGAAGGACGUUCCAAGAGGGACAAGUCCUAA